CCCAGACCCCUCCCUCUUGCUCCCACUCCUCCCCUCCUGUCUCUCUCUCUACCUCCAGACGCUGCAUUCUCCCGUCUAACCUGCUGGUGCUACCUUCGGUAACAGUAGAAAUGCAGAGGAAGCACGUACGGAGCCGACUCCAGUGACAGACUUCAUCCACGAACCGAGCCAUAGAUGUUAACGUUGGCUAGUUUUCACUGCUCUACCGACGUUUCUGGAGCUGCGGGAAUGGCGUCGCCUCACGAAGCCACAUAGUCAGACGCGGAGGCGGCGGCGGCGGCGGCUGCCGAGGCUGGGGACCGCCGAAGCCAGGCUGCUGGUGGAGAGGCGGCCUUAGCGGAGGAUCGGGUCGCAUCGCAUCGUGACAUUUGCCCGGACACGUAAUUCGUCUUUAGCCCGAUCGUCCAGGCUCUGGUGUUUUGCUUUGAAUACGUUGGGUUCUUGAUGCCCCGGAGACCCGGGGCAGCUCGGACCGCGGAGCUCCGGAGCAGGGCUCGAAUGAGGUAGAGGAGAAGUGUGUCUCUGUCUUACUGGAACCUCUGGGCCCCGUCCCCCCACAAUGAACCCUCUGAACCAGAUGAAAGCUGGGCUGGCCAACAACCCCCACAGUGAGGGUUCUUACCCAUAUGACCCGUCCAGCUGGCAGCAGCCCCCCAAUCAGCCCACAGGAUCCCUCUCUGUCGUGACCACGGUGUGGGGAGUGACCAAUCCUUCCGCCAGCCAGGGACUGGGAGGAGGAGUCCUGGGACCUGGAGCUAACCCAGGUGGGGGGCCCAUGAUGCAGGGUCCUGGAGGUCCGAGCAUGGCCAGUGGACCUGGAGGCUACAUGGGCCAGCAGGGUUACGGAGAAGCUGCCAAAGGCUACAUGAACCAGGGCAUGUACGGCCGCAGCUCUGGGGGCUACGGCGCAGGCCCGGCAGGGUACACAGGGAGUUUCCCCUCCAACCCGGGCGGCUCCAGAGGUUCAGCCGACUUCACUCAGGCGGCAGCUGCAGCUGUAGCUGCUGCUGCUGCAACGGCAACUGCCACCGCUACGGCAACGGUUGCCGCCAUCCAGGAGAAACAGAACCAGGAGAUGAACUACGGACAGAUGGGUGGCCCAGCCUACAAUAACCAGUUCAUGUCUCACUCUGGACCGCGUGGAGCUCCUGGCAUGACUCCUGGAGGCAUGGGCCCUGGUCCAGGAGCUUCCAGGGCUCCACCCUCAAUGGGACCAAUGUAUGGACCCAGCAGCGGCCCCCAGAGGGUCCCUCAGCACCCAAACUAUGGCCCUGGACCACAACAAGGUCACCUCAGGCCACAACAAGGACUGAAGCGUCCUUACAACACUGAGUCCUUCCCAGGAAUGUCUCAGCAGUACAACGUGGGUUCCAGUGUGAAUGUGAUGUCAGGUCCUGGAGGUGGUGGUGGUUCCAUAACGGGUUCGGGGGGAGGCGGUCAUGUUGGCCCGUACUCUGGGACCAACAUACAGUACCACCCAGGUGCUGGUGGUCCAGGGCCUGCCCCCCAGCGCUCCGGUUCCUCCCCAUCCUAUCAGAGCCACAAGAUGCCGCUCCCACAGUACCCGCCCCCCGGCCCCUCCAGCACCCACUACUACAAGGACCAGUUCAGUGGUCCAGGAGGAGGUCUGAAUGCUCUGACAGCAGGCAGCACUGGUUCGGUCUACAACUCCUUCAGCCAGCCCUCUGGGCCUGGUCGAGGGUUGCCAGGUUACCCAUCUUCCCCUGUACCUGGUAACCCGACUCCCCCCAUCACCCCCAGCGGCUCCAUGGCCCCACCGUACAUGUCGCCUGGCAGCAGUGAUGUUAAGCCAGCGGCCUCUUCCUUUCUGCCUGACAUCAAGCCCAACAUGGCGAAUCUGCCCCCCCCCCCUCCCUCAGGGAACCCCAGUGACGACCUGCGUCUGACCUUCCCAGUGCGAGAUGGCGUUGUCCUGGAGCCCUUCAGAUUAGAGCACAACCUUGCUGUCAGCAACCAUGUCUUCCAGCUGCGAGACUCCGUCUACAAAACACUCAUCAUGAGGCCAGACCUGGAGCUCCAGUUUAAGUGUUACCACCAUGAGGACCGACAGAUGAACACCAACUGGCCGGCCUCUGUCCAGGUCAGUGUGAAUGCGACUCCCCUCACCAUUGAACGAGGAAACAACAAGACUUCACACAAGCCUUUGUACCUGAAGCACGUAUGUCAGCCGGGCAGAAACACCAUCCAGAUCACCGUCACUGCCUGCUGCUGUUCUCACCUGUUCGUCCUCCAGCUGGUCCAUCGUCCGUCGGUUCGCUCGGUGCUGCAGGGUCUGAUGAAGAAGAGGCUGCUGCCUGCGGAGCACUGUGUCACAAAGAUAAAGAGGAACUUCAGCAGUGGUUCCAUCCCCGGGACUCCUGGGCUAAACGGAGAGGAUGGUGUUGAGCAGACGGCCAUCAGAGUGUCCCUGAAGUGUCCCAUCACCUUCCGCCGCAUCCAGCUGCCUGCCAGAGGUCACGACUGUAGACACAUACAGUGUUUUGACCUGGAGUCGUACCUGCAGCUCAACUGUGAGAGAGGAACCUGGAGAUGUCCUGUGUGCAAUAAAACGGCUCUGUUGGAGGGUCUGGAGGUGGAUCAGUACAUGCUGGGGAUUCUCAUUUAUGUUCAAAAUUCGGAGUACGAGGAGAUUACCAUCGACCCGGUUUGCAGCUGGAAGCCAGUUCCUGUGAAGCCCGACCUGCACGUGAAGGAGGAACCAGACGGACCAGUGCUGAAGCGUUGCAGGACACUCAGUCCCAGUCACAUGGUUCUUCCCAGUGUCAUGGAGAUGAUCGCAUCAUUGGGCCCUGCCCCGUCCUCUUCCACCUCAACUGCCCCCUCCUCCUCCUCCCCAAUGCCCUACCCCUCCCUACCCGCAGGGGGGGGCAAUAAUAUCACCAGCACAACUGAGUACCCUGGCCCAGCUCCGUCCUAUCCCAGCCAGUCCAGUAGUUUCUCAGACUUCAGUGGUCCUGGGACUCCAGGGGUCGGAGGGGACUUCUCCUCCCCUGGUCCUCCCCCUCUGUCCUACCAGUCUGAGCUCUCUAGUGCCCUCCUCACUCCUGACAAGCCUCCUCCACACCCACUGGCUGGACAGAUGUCUCUCUCAGGUCGCCAGGACUCCUCCCAUGGUGCGCCCCUCUCUCAGCAGCAGUCCCAGGGUCUUCACAGCAACUCCCACCUCCCAGGCGGAAGCCAGAUGAUGCAGCAUAGCAAUCCGAAUCCCCGUCUCCAAGGCGAUAGCUCUUUUGUACUUGGAGGUUCUGCAGAGGUUCCAGAACCUUCUUUGGAUCUGCUUCCGGAGUUGACCAACCCGGAUGAGUUGCUGUCCUACCUCGGACCUCCAGACCUCCCAAACAAUAACAAUGAUGACCUGCUGUCUCUAUUCGAGAACAACUGAACUACACACAGACUUUAUAAUAUGAACUCUGCACAGAAUGGAGCAGACGAUAAGAAGGAAACAAAACACAACUUUCAAAUAUAAAAAGGUGUGACCAUGAACUUUGUAAUAACUUAAUUUUAUUGUUUUUAUUUUCUGUACUUCAUGCCUCAUUCUGUCAGUGCUGAGAGUCUUGCUGCUCACAUGACCACACUGUUUCAAGUUUUAACUGAUCACCCUCACCAUCGUUUGUCCAUGGCUCCUUCUACAACUUCCUCAGUUUUUACUGUUCAUUCCUACAAGAAUUUAGAUAAAAUGGCUUAAAUUUUGUAUUUUCCCCACAACCACUGUUAAUAUUCAGCAGUGAUGGGAAGUAAUUAUGUUUGAUGAGCUAAAACAGCCGUAUGCUCCUGUGUAGCUAGUUACUGAGCCAUACUGAAGAACAAAAACUAAAAAUCAGCAUUUACACUUGGCCACUUAUUGAUUUGUGAAAUCACUUCAGGUCACAUGUUGAUUAUUUUAAACUGCUAUCCGGAAAUCAGUGUUUGCUGUAGUUUUCACAUUCUGUUCUGUGUCUUAUGUGCUAAUAACUUACUGUAGUAGAGCAGCGUUA